UCUGUGUUUACUUCCGGUGAAAUUUGCAGAAAAUUUAGAAAGGCCACGUCAAAGUAUAUUCAUCUAUUUUACUUGUGAUUCAGUUUCGAAGACACUGUCAUUUAUAUAUAUACAUCUAAGUGGUAGUAUUGGAAGAUGGCGUCUAAUGAUAUUGGUGAUUGGUACCGAGGAAUUCCUCAAAUAUCAAAAUAUUGGUUCACAGGAUCAGUGAUUGUUCCAAUAGCUGCAAGAUUUGGUCUCCUUAAUCCAAUGUAUCUUAUUCUUCUGUUUGAACCUGUCAUAUAUAAAUUUCAGAUAUGGCGUUUGGUGACAUCGGUGUUGUAUUAUCCAAUUGCAGGACCAAAAGGGUUUCAUUACCUUAUAAACUUAUAUUUCCUCUAUUCUUAUUCUACAAGACUUGAAACAGGAAUCUUUGAUGGAAAGCCAGCAGAGUAUGUGUUCAUGUUGUUAUUUAACUGGCUGUGUCUGGUGAUAAUAGGAUUUUGUGCUGAUUUAAUGCUUUUGAUGGACCCUAUGAUAUUAAGUGUUUUAUAUGUUUGGUGUCAACUGAACAAAGAUACUAUCGUGUCAUUUUGGUUUGGCACACGGUUUAAGGCGAUGUACUUACCAUGGGUGCUGUUAGCUUUCAACAUGAUUGUUGGUGGAGGGGGUUUGAUGGAACUUGUUGGUAUCGUUGUUGGCCACAUGUAUUUCUUCCUUAUGUUCAAAUAUCCACAGGAUUUCGGAGGUGUAAGACUGCUAAAUACUCCUCAAAUACUUUACAAAUAUUUUCCCAAUAGACGAGGGGGUGUGGCAGGGUUUGGACAAGCCCCAGCUAGUCAGCGACGCCCAAAUAAUGAUGACAAUGACCCUGGUAGACAUAGAUGGGGUGGUGGCGGCCAUCAACUUGGUGGCAACUAAAUAAAACUGUGGAAAAAACUUUACAGUUAAAUUUUGGGCAAGAAAUUAUUUUUCAACAUUAUGGUGAGGAUUUCUUCAGAAAAUCAUUUACCUUGAUUUGCGAUGACUCCAGAGUAUACAGAAUGCAAGUGUAAGAGAUCAUGAAAAAAUUAUAAAAACAUUGCCACUUGUGUUUGAUUUCCAGCUAUCAGGCAUAUUGAAUGAACUUAUAACAGCUUUAUCAUUAUUUAAGUUUCCUUUACAUGCGUUUUCUUUAUGUGAUGUUUUUCUGUAAAUACUUUAGAACUAUUUAUAUAUCCAUCAUAAGUUUCCCACCAGGGACUUCAGUUUCUUUCAUGUGAAAAAAAGCUAUCCAGCUAGCUUACAGAACGUUGAUGGUUCUACUCUGGUGCCCAUUCAUGCCUGAAAAAAUUCAUGGAGGGGUACCUUAGGUUUUCCAUUACUAGUAAAGCUAAAAAGUUGCUGUGUUAAUGCAACAUAAAACCAAACAAGAAAUAAUAAUAAUCAUACAACACUCCAUGCCUUAGGGGGAAAAAAUUCAGAUUUAACUUAAAGUAGCAAAACAGCUUUGAAGAUGAACCAUUUUUCAAUUGAAAUAUAUGACAAAACAUGAAUUUAUACAAGUUAAUGAAUGAUGCAAUUUCAGAAACAAACUUUUUUGUUGAAGAAAAUGAGAAAGUGACAUUAUGGCUUUAUUA